AUGACGUCAUCGGAACAGCGGUCACGUGCCUGGUGUAUUGCAAAGACAGCAAACAGAACUCAAAGGUGGUCAACUAUUUCGAAGUUUUUACCAACAAGAAAGCGAUUUGAAGAGAUAUAUUUGUUGUCUAAACGAAGACACGACUGCCAAGGUAAUUUCCGUGGUUUUAAUGCCAGGAUCGGACGAAUCAGCAACGUAUUUAACGCCAUUUUAUUAUCAAACAUAGCCGCCAUAUUUAUUUGGAUUUUCAUAUAUCAGCCAACAUUCGUUUACUGCUUUUUGAUGUAUGAAUAUUUUUGUAGCUGCGGUACAUGAAACGUGAGUGAAUCGUUCGACCUAAAUAUCCUUUGAAUUUAAAAUUUCUUCUUGGUUUAAAACAUGAUUUAUAUAGGAAAUAUGUCUUCAAAAUAUUAUACGGCUCAGUGUAUUUCCAAGUACGUAAAAAAUGUUCGAUCUACGCAUGAUUCAUUUCAUUUGGUUUUUAGGUAGUGACACUUUUCAAGUAUACAUAUCUUGUCAAAUGUUGACAAAUACAAGCCACAUAUUUUGACGAAGGUGCUUUUUUCGCUUAUAAAGUACAGUACAGUUGCGUAUUAAAUUUUUACGUGACGUUCGCGGUCGUUGGGGGAAAAAAUAAUCGACUUGUUGUGAAGAGGCGUAUUGAAUUCCACCCUUUAUAUUAUUUUUCUUUUAGAAAUGCCCUUGCAAUGGCUCGAUUAG